AUGUCUCUCGUGCACUCCCUCCAGAUCAGCCUAGCUGACGACGAAUUCAUGCCAUCGGAUAAUGAAGACUCGCCAAUGGCCUUCCUGACAAUGCCAGUGGGCAAAGCCUUCGACAGGCUCUUACAGAUUUUGCCCCAUGCCACAAAUCUGGCAUCGGCGAGUGUUAGGAUGGGAUCCGCGGUCUUUCCUAUCUGCACCAUUCCUAUCCCGAGUUCCUUCGUUGGCCUGGCCGCUCACUGCAACAACAUCUCGGAGCUGAAACUCGUUGAUCACUUGCACAAUGUGAUUGAUGUAAAUCUAUUCGACCAGUUUCGCGGUCGCCUUCGCCGAUUGUAUUUACGAACGGUUCCUGGUACUGUCGACUACGGAGCAAUUCUGGAGCCUCUCCGAGAUAGCCUAGAUGUACUCACCCUUAUAGUUCACCCCAGGACCCAUAACCAAUCCUUUAGGUUCCCGAUCGUGCGGAAUCGACAAUGGCCGCGUGUCUAUGAGCUCUCUUUGUCCACCUCCACGUUCGAUCGGUCGGAGCUUCUUCAUGCUUUUCCGAAUGUGAGGCACAUACGAGUCGAGGUAGACCUCCAAAAGCACCUUUUCCAUGACGCAUAUCCACUGUCGAUUACGGUACCCGCUACCACCAACCCUCCUUUCAAGUCCAUGGAAGUGGUCGGAGGAGAUCUAGAGCACAUUUGGAAUGCCGGAGUGGUCACGCAGCCCCUCAUACAGUUGGAUAUCAGAGUCUUAGCAUUCAGCGAGUUGGGUAACGAAGUACCGAGGGCAUAUGCUGAGCUCCUGCAGACCGCCAAUCCCAAAUUCCUCUCUCUUAAUAUGGAUGCAGAGCGAGUUGGAGCGAUGUGCCUUGACAAAACCGUGUUCCGCAGUCUGACUAGCCUGCGACAUCUCGCGGUGAAGUUCGGAUCCGCUCUUACUAGGCGUGGCCGGUACUCGCGAGCCUUACAAGCCAUGCCUUUUCUUCGUGAUGCUCUAAAUGAAGCUCACGUCACUUACGUUCACAUCGACACCGUUGGUGAUCUCGGUGAUCGUCGUCCAGAUAUGGAUUCGAUACGCGGAAAGUGGUUACCUGAUCUAGCAGCGACUGUUCCCUCCUUGGAAUAUAUUUCCUACGAGACAGGAGGCCAAGAGCCAGAACUGUAUUGGAUAUAUUGUCUUCCCCAAGAAGACAGUCCUAGGGGCGGCUAUGAAAACCCCAAUACCGAACAGCAGCUCCGAAAAGUCGACUGGAAAAUGCGUAGAACCAUGAGGCGAGCCCUGGGCAUCGUGGAUUGGGGCAUGGAUUACGACGGACCCGACGACGACCUGCGGCGAUGA